GGAACUCUUGUUCGUACUGUCCGCGGUACGACAGCAUUCGUAGACGGACUGUACACUAACCAGCGUGUGUGAGAUGACAACAGUCUUUGAAUAAAUGUAGAUGUUAAUCAAUAACAUAUCUCUGUAAUCCUAAUUAAACAUUGCUGUCUGUGUAAGUAACGAAACAGCUACACAUGAGAGGACAAACACCACACGUGACAUCCAAGUGAGCAGCCUCAUGUUGAUUGGAAACCUGUGCAGAUUGAGUGGACGUGUCAGGUCCUGUGUUGUCCAACCCUUGACCUGUCUUUUUACUACUUCAACCAACAUGGCCAAGAGCAAGUUUGAGUACGUCCGCAACUUUGAAACAGAUGACACGUGUCUACGAAACUGCUACAUUGUCGUGAGGCUGGACGGGCGCAACUUCCACAAGUUUGCGGAGCAGCACAAGUUCACAAAGCCCAAUGAUGACAGAGCUUUGGGCUUGAUGACCCGGAGCGCACGCUCCGUCAUGGGAGACCUAGAGGACAUCAUCAUCGCCUAUGGUCAAAGCGAUGAGUUCAGCUUUGUCUUCAAGCGGACCUCCACCCUGUUCAAGAGGAGAGCCAGUAAGCUUAUGACUCACGUGGCCUCCCAGUUCUCCUCCUCGUACGUGUUUUACUGGAAGGAUUUUUUUGGGGAGCAGCCGCUCUUGUACCCGCCAGGCUUCGACGGACGCGUGGUCCUUUAUCCUACCAACCGCAACCUCAGGGACUACCUCAGCUGGAGGCAAGCAGAUUGUCACAUAAAUAAUUUGUACAACACAGUGUUUUGGACGUUAGUACAAAAAGGAGGACUCACGACGGUCCAGGCAGAGGAUCGCUUAAAGGGAACAUUAGCUGCAGACAAAAAUGAGAUCCUGUUCUCUGAGUUUGAUAUCAACUACAACAAUGAAUCUGCCCUGCAUAAGAAAGGCACCACUCUCAUCUGGGAAAAGCGAGAUGAAACCGUCACCAAGCGCAUGAAGCGACCCAACGGAGAGGAGGAGGACGUGCCUGUGACUCGCAGCAGGAGGACGGUGCAGGGCUAUCAUUGUGACAUUAUAGGAGAGCAGUUCUGGGAGGAACACCCAGACAUCCUGGAGGACGGCUGCUAACGGCUCCUGAACCGCUGUAGGAGAACGAACUAGAAUUAGGUUGAAGUGGACCCAUACAAGCAGUGGACAGAUUACAGCUGAUGUAGAUGAAUGACCGCGCGUCAACGAACAUGCCACGCAUGAAGGGUAGUUACCUUGAAUCCUGUUGAAAGAGCUGUUCCUGAGACUUUUUUUAGGAUUGACUUUAUAUGAUUACUCUCUCACGGCUGGAACAUAUUCUAACUUCAAACUUUACAAAGUUUUCUGUUUUAAAAUGUGUCUUGUCGUCUGUCAUGUUUAGAGGAAAACAGAUGAUUUCAUCCUCUUUUAGCCAUGGGCUACAUGCACAGUUUGAUGGUUUAUACUAUCACACUCUCCGAUAUCUGCCCGUUCCCCUCUAGUCUAUUCUAAGGUUGCCUCUCUAAAAAUAUACCCUCAUUUGAUAUCAUGAAUGGCAUUUAUAAUACAACCAUCACUUGAUCUUUCAGCAUGUUUAACAUGAUUCCUCUUGGCCUACUGCUUGAUUUUAUUUUUGUGUGUGUAUGUGUGAGCAAUUUGAAGCCUAAUUAUCAAAAUUACCAAUUUGUUUCUGUGAGCGGAGUCCAUAACGUUUAAAUUUUAAUGACUCUGGUAUCUGCAGAAUAUUCAAUAUCACUUUCAGUUUGUAGUAAUAAAGAGAGCAUGUGAGGUGGGAAUCAGCAGAGUAA